AUGGAAGAGGAGGAAGUCAGAGAGACCAGAAGCACGCCAAAAACCAAUGUGACGACGGUGGCAACUGGAAUGCAGACUGAUGUGUCAACGAUGUACUUGGACGAGACGGAAGACACAGGGAUGCAGACUGACGUGACCUGGACGACCAUUGACGAGACUGGGACACAGACUGACAUGACCAUGACGGACAUCACCAAGAGGGAUGCAGAUGGACAUGACAAUGGAAGAGUAACUGAGAAAAUGCUUCAAGAUCACCUGCCGUCAGGAAAGCAUGCAGAAAUGGAAGAGGAGGAAGUCAGAGAGACCAGAAGCGUGCCAAAAACCAAUGUAGGAGUGGAGUGCGAUUUUGGAAUGUUCGAUCGACUGAUUCACAUGAAGCUGGCUGCUGGUAUGAUGGCGAUAGAAAGCAUCAUUAUUUGCGUGAGGACGGUGGCAAUUACUGGAACACAGACUGAUGUGUCAAUGAUGUACGUGGACGAGACGGAAGACACAGGGAUGCAGACUGACGUGACCUGGACGGCCAUUGACGAGACAGGGACGCAGACGGACAUGACAAUGGAAGAUUCUACUACAUCUACAUGUAGUGGUACCACUACAACUACUGCUAGUGCUGUAACAGGCAGUACUAAUAAUCUGGUAACUGAGAAAAUGCUUCAAGAUCACCUGCCGUCAGGAAAGCAUGCAGAAAUGGAAGAGGAGGAAGUCAGAGAGACCAGAAGCGUGCCAAACACCAAUGUAGGAGUGGAGCGCGAUUUUGGAAUGUUGGAUCGACUGAUUCACAUGAAGCUGGCUGCUGGUAUGAUGGCGAUAGAAAGCAUCAUUAUUUGCGUGACGACGGUGGCAACUGGAAUGCAGACUGAUGUGUCAACGAUGUACUUGGACGAGACGGAAGACACAGGGAUGCAGACUGACGUGACCUGGACGACCAUUGACGAGACUGGGACACAGACUGACAUGACCAUGACGGACAUCACCAAGAGGGAUGCAGAUGGACAUGACAAUGGAAGAGUAACUGAGAAAAUGCUUCAAGAUCACCUGCCGUCAGGAAAGCAUGCAGAAAUGGAAGAGGAGGAAGUCAGAGAGACCAGAAGCGUGCCAAAAACCAAUGUAGGAGUGGAGUGCGAUUUUGGAAUGUUCGAUCGACUGAUUCACAUGAAGCUGGCUGCUGGUAUGAUGGCGAUAGAAAGCAUCAUUAUUUGCGUGAGGACGGUGGCAAUUACUGGAACACAGACUGAUGUGUCAAUGAUGUACGUGGACGAGACGGAAGACACAGGGAUGCAGACUGACGUGACCUGGACGGCCAUUGACGAGACAGGGACGCAGACGGACAUGACAAUGGAAGAUUCUACUACAUCUACAUGUAGUGGUACCACUACAACUACUGCUAGUGCUGUAACAGGCAGUACUAAUAAUCUGGUAACUGAGAAAAUGCUUCAAGAUCACCUGCCGUCAGGAAAGCAUGCAGAAAUGGAAGAGGAGGAAGUCAGAGAGACCAGAAGCGUGCCAAACACCAAUGUAGGAGUGGAGCGCGAUUUUGGAAUGUUGGAUCGACUGAUUCACAUGAAGCUGGCUGCUGGUAUGAUGGCGAUAGAAAGCAUCAUUAUUUGCGUGACGACGGUGGCAACUGGAACGCAGACUGAUGUGUCAACGAUGUACGUGGACGAGACGGAAGACACAGGGAUACAGACUGACAUGACCUGGACGGACAUUGACGAGACAGGGACACAGACUGACAUGACCAUGACAGACAUCGACGAAAGAGGGACGCAGACGGACAUGACAAUGGAAGAUUCUACUACAUCUACAUGUAAUGGUACCACCAGGACUACUGCUAGUGCUGUAACAGGCAGUACUAAUAAUCUGGUACAGAAAAAGCAUACUGAAUGCAUGUUGCUGCACUGCCAGAGCGAGCUGUUAAAGCUACGUGGAAAGUUCCGAGCAGCACAGAAAGAGAGGCAGAGAAGAAUAUGA